AUGUCGGGAACAGGAGCUCGGCUCAAUAUUUUUCCUACUCGCAUGGCUUUAACCACCAUGAAAACAAAAUUGAAGGGAGCACAAACAGGACACAGUUUGUUGAAACGUAAGAGUGAAGCCCUCACCAAAAGGUUCAGAUCUAUCGUUCAAAAAAUCGACGAAGCAAAACGAAAAAUGGGUAAAGUAAUGCAAACAGCUUCGUUUUCUUUGGCAGAGGUAACUUACAUUGCAGGUGAUAUUAGUUAUCAAGUUCAAGAAAGUGUCAAAAGUGCUCAAUUUCGCGUUCGCACAAAACAAGAAAAUGUUUCCGGAGUGAUGUUACCUACUUUUGAGAGUUACUUGGAAGGAGGAAAUGCCUUCGAAUUAACGGGACUCGGACGUGGUGGUCAGCAGGUACAGAAAAGCAAAGAAACAUAUAUUAAAGCUGUCGAAGCUUUGGUCGAGUUGGCCUCCCUGCAGACUGCAUUCGUCAUCUUGGAUGAAGUUAUAAAGGUAACAAAUCGUCGUGUAAAUGCUAUCGAACACGUUAUCAUACCAAAGAUAGAGAACACUAUAAAAUAUAUAAUUUCUGAACUGGAUGAGCAAGAUCGUGAGGAAUUCUUCAGACUUAAAAAGGUUCAAGGUAAAAAGAAGAAGGACCAACAAAUCGCCGAGAAAGAGAGACAAAUUAAAGCCGGAGAAAGUGUCUCUAUACCUCAAGAUGGCAUCGAAAUCGAUGAUGCAUAUGAAGAAGUUUUCUCUUUAUUCACAGAAGGUCGUCCACUAGAAUGGCAACACAAUCGCGCAGUAAUACAAAAUAAAGAUUAUGUUGAAGUUUUAAUCGAUGAUAAUAUCAAUGUAAAGAUUUCACAGAAUCAAUCACUUCUUUCAGUACGAGGUUCAACAGGAACCGUCCUUUGGGACUCUAGUAUUUUGCUAACAAAAUUCAUGAAUGAUCAUCGAACGUGGUUAAAUCUUUCAAUUGAAAAAACAAAAAUCCUUGAAUUAGGUUCAGGGUGUGGGUUAGCAGGAAUAAGUCUAGUUCCUUUAGUUAAUUUGAUGGCAUUAACGGAUCAAGCAAAUGUAUUAUCACACCUUUGGAAAAAUGUUAAACGCAAUUUAAAUGAGGAUUAUUCAAAAGUUAUUGUAACAGAAUUAUCAUGGGGAAAAGAAAUUGAUAAAGAAAUCCUUCAACAUCAUUGGGAUUUUGUAAUUGCCAGUGAUUGUAUAUAUAAUGAAUUCAUAAUUGAUGAUUUUGUUAAAACUUUAACUAAAAUUUGUCUUUAUGGUAUAAAUCUUUAUCCAACGAUCGUCAUUAUUGCGUUAGAGCUUAGAUCAGAUACAGUUCAUUUAGAAUUUUUGGAAAAAAUGAAUGAAUUUGUGAUGUGGCGACUACCAAAUUCUAUGUAUAGAAGAGAAUUUAAUAGAGGUUAUGUGAUUUAUAUCGCUUGGCUUAAAAACUUAAAAGUAUAA